AUGACUGGCCUACUUUCUUCCACUGCUCUGUUCUUCAACCACCAUCGCACGGACCAGCAAAAGUCGGUCCCCUCGGUCACGGUAAACGGCUUAUCGCGGGCGAGUCUGCGGGCGAGUCCAGCAGCGGGCACCGCGGGCAAAGGGACGGGUGCUCGCGCCGUCACCGUCUCUGCGAAGCAACUGCGAAGUGAGUGCAAGGGAGCGUUCCUCACGGAAUACGACGCGUUUAUUGGUGUACUGAAUUCCCCGAAACAUUCCUUGACAGCCCUUCACACCUCGUGGAAAUACCGAUUGAUGGCUCUCACCUUACGCCAACGGGAGCUCGAACACGUCGAGUCGUCUGGAUCGACGAUCUGCUGGGCAGGCAGGUAAGUUGCUUUUCAAGAACCUGCAUUAUAUGCGAUCACUCGAGACGAGGAGACUGACGAUCACGUUCAUCUAUCAGGAUAUCCGAUCUACCGCACCUCCGCAGCGCCCGCGUCGAGGCCGAGUUUGUCGUGCGCCAGCUCCUAUUAGCGAUCGCCGAGCUCGCCGGAUCCGCCAAGGUCUACCCCUCCGCAUUAUCCGAGUUGCCUUACCCUAUACCCCAACCUCCCAAGGAAUCCAACUACGAUGCCAUCGCCGAGCGACCACCUCAAGUCUCCGCCCAGGAGCAUGGCAACGUUGCUCCCGCUUACGAUCUCGCCGUCAUCGAGCAAGAUCUUCUCCUUGCCUUCACGCCACUGCAAGAUGACCGCUCUGCCGACGAGCACACCAAGACCGUUUAUACCACUUCUUACGAAGCAUAUUAG